AUGGUCACCAACCACCAAGUCCUCUUCAACAAAGUCCAGCCCACUGGUCUUCCCAAGCCGGGCGAAACCACCACUCGUGGCUCUGCCGGGCUCGACAUCGACAAUGUUGCCCUCAACGGCGGUGUCCUCACUCGCAACAUUGCUGUUUCUCUCGACCCUACCAUGCGUAACCGUAUGAAGGGUGACAUUGGCUACUUCACCCCUGCCUACGUCGUUGGCAAGCCUGUCACCGCCAUUGGUAUCGCCGAAGUUGUUCGAUCCGAAGUCGACGACUUCAAGUCUGGCGACAUUGUCUUCGUCUGGUCCCUCGGUAUCGAAGAAUACACUCUUCACCCUAAAGAAGCUACUGCCGGUUUCCGCAAGAUGGACCCCACCGCCCUCUCUUCCGGUCUCUCCAUCACCACCUUCCUCGGUGCAGCAGGUAUGCCUGGCAUGACCGCCUACAUGUCGAUCAAGGAGAUCAUUGGCGAUCUGAAAGCUGGUAACAAGAUGUUCGUUUCCGGUGCUGCCGGUGCUGUCGGUCAACUCGUCGUUCAAUUGUGUCACCAAGCCGGAGUCAAAGUCAUCGCUUCCGCUGGAUCUGAUGAGAAGUGUGAUUUCGUCCGAUCCCUCGGCGCUGACGAGACAAUCAACUACAAAACCGAAAAUCUCCCCGCCAAACUCAAAGCUUUCGCCGCCGACACCGGUAUUCACUACUACUACGACAAUGUAGGAGGUGAACAGCUCGAAGCAUACAUCAACGUCGCCGCUCGUUACGGUAUCAUCGUCGCCUGCGGUUAUAUCUCGGGUUACAACGCCGAGAAGCCAGAAGAUGUUGUUUACCCCAAGAACCUCUUCAAUAUCGUCACGAAGGAGUUGAAAUACCAGGGCUUCAUUGUCAGCUCCUUCUUGCCAAAGUGGUACGGGAAAUUCAUGGAGGAGGUACCGAAGAUGUUGGCAGAGGGAAAGAUUAAGAACAGGGAAGAUGUCACUUUUGGGGUGUACGGUGCAGAGGAUGCUUUCUUGAGACUGUUUACGGGUGAGAACCAGGGUAAGGUCGCUGUCUUGAUCGACACGGAGCGUGCGGAGAGGUGGAACCUUGGAAAGCAGAUGCAGGGGGCCAAGGUUUGGAAGUAA